AAAUCCCUCGUGUUAGCCGCAACUUCAAUUCCAUGGCGAGCGCGAGCGCGAGCGCCGAUCCAUGCGGCAUUUGCCUCGGCGACAUCAGCCGUGGACAGGCCGUGUUCGUGGCCGAGUGCUCCCACACCUUCCACCACCGCUGCAUCUCCAACAACGUCGCGCGCGGCAACCACGACUGCCCGCUCUGCAAGGUCACGUGGCGCGACUUGCCGGCCACCAUCGACCCCGUCGCGCCGGCGCCGCCCCGGAAGUACGCCGACGACGAUGAAACGGUGGUGGCGCAGGGCGUUGUCCAGGCGCAGGCAGACGCCGCCGGCUUGGCGGCCCACGUUGGGGAGAUGGCGCUGAAGACGUACUGCGAGUUUCCGGCCGUCGCGAGGGACGUGCCACGCGACAACUUCGCGGUGGUCGUGCACGUCAGGGCGCCAGAUCAUCAGGCCGGUGGUGUCGCAGCCGACGAGGUGCGCGCCCCGCUCGACCUCGUGACGGUGCUCGACGUCAGCGGCAGCAUGGAGGGCAGAAAGCUGGCGCUGCUCAAGCAGGCCAUGGGAUUCGUCAUCGACAACCUCGGCCCCGCCGACCGCCUCAGCAUCGUAUCUUUCUCGACCGAAGCAAGCCGCAAGAUCCGGCUCACGCGCAUGUCAAGCGACGGCAAGGCCUCAGCGAAGCGUGCCGUGGAGUCCCUGGUUGCUAACGGCUUGACGAACAUCUCCAAAGGCCUCCUUGUGGCAUCUGAGGUGCUCGCCGACCGCCGGUACCGGAACGCCGUGGCCAGCGUCAUCCUUCUCUCCGAUGGCCAGGACAACAAGUCCGGUGUUGGUAGGAACCACCAGAACCUCGUGCCAGCUUUGUUCAGGGACGCCGACAACAGGCCGGGGCCGAUCCACACCUUCGGCUUCGGCGCCGAUCACGACUCUGUAGCUAUGCACACCAUCGCGGAGGUGGCGUGUGGCACGUUUGCCUUCGUGGAGAACCAGGAGGUCGUCCAGGACUCGUUCGCGCAGUGCAUCGGCGGGCUUCUCUCGGUGGCCGUGCAGGACGCGAGCCUUGCCGUGACGUGCGUGCACCCCGGGGUGCGUGUCCGGGAGGUCAAGUCCGGCCGCUACGGGAACCUCGUCGGCGAGGAUGGCCGUGCCGCCUCCGUGGAUGUCGGCGAGCUGUACGCCGAUGAGGAGAGGCGCUUCUUGCUGUUCCUGGACGUGCCAAGGGCGGAAGCAGCGGAAGAGGUUACCUGCUUGAUGAAACUGAGCUGCACCUACCGGGAUACCGUGACAGGGCGUGCGGUGGAUGUCGCUGGCGAAGAUGCCAUUGUUCAGAGGCCGGUCGAGGUGGCCAACCCAGAAGCGUCUAUGGAGGUGGAGCGGGAGCGUGUCCGCGUGGCCGCCGCCGAGGACAUAGCGGUGGCAAGGGCGGCGGCCGAGCGCGGUGAGCACGCCGAGGCCGCACGGAUCCUCCAGCGACGGCGGCAGUCCGUGCUGCAGUCGGCGCCCGGUAGGGCCGGAGCAUUCGACGCGCUUGUGGAGGAGCUGCAAGACUUCGGCGCCCGCGUGGAGGACGAGGCUGAGUACAAGAGGACGGGACGCGCGUGCAUGCUGACAGGCAUCAGCACGCACGCGCAGCAGCGCGGCACCUUGCUGGCGGUGCGGAAAAAAGGCGGUCGUACAUUGCAGUGCGCACGUAAAUCGGCGCAGCCGUACACGACCAGGAAGGCGAAGAAAAUGGUGGAGAAGUCGCGUGCGCAGCGGCAGCAGGAGCAGCAGUCGUCGGCGCCGGCGCCGAAGAAGAGGAAAAUAUCAGGGAGCAGCAGCAGCGGCGGCGAUGAUAGCCUGCUGUUUUUCAAGGCAAAUAUAGAGAGUGCACAGGAGGUAAAGGAAGUUCUAAAUAUAUACUGCCGAGCAUCAGGCCAGCAGGAUUUGGAGGUCAAUUUUGGAUGGCAGAAAUGUCUUAGACCAAGGUUUGAUACGACGUAUUGGUACAGAUGUGAGCCAGAAUUUGAGCACAAGGCGAAUAAUAUGGCUAUGAGAGCAUGUGCCAAACUCAUCAAGGACAUGGAUUAUGAGGCACGCAUCCAGGCCGUCAUAACAUACAACGCGCAGGUCCUUGGAGUGAAGACCACCAAAGCUGAAGCAAGAAACAUUAGCCUGACCCGAGACCAAUACUUGCAGUCGGCCGCACAUGAUGGCCAGCCUUGCUCCCAGUUCAAGGCAUGGGCUAUGGCCCACAAGGGCAAGGCGACGUCUGACGUCGACUACAACCCGAAGGACCCGCCCUCAGCAUACACCAAUGAGACUGUCCACAACCGCCUCAGUCAGUACACUGAGAUGGCAAGGUCGGUCCAUGGGCCAGAGUACGAUCCGACCACCGCCGAGCUUGAUCCAGAAGUCAUCAUGAGGGUGGGAGGAGGCAAGAAGCAUGGACGAUACUGGAUUGCCGACAGCACACUCAACACGGCUACUACUCCCACUUUAGCUCAGAUUCGAGCAAGGAGCACAAGCUCAUGCCCGCCUAUAUGCCCACGACCAGGCACUGCACAGCACCGGAUGGAGACAAUCCAGGUUAUUUCUGUUUUAUUCAGCUUUCAUUGA